AUGUCGACCGAAGCAGCCGCCCGCGCCUUCUUCGCCUCCCCGCGCUUCGCCGUUGUGGGCGCCAGCUCGAACCCCUCGAAGUUUGGACACAAGAUCUUCUCAUGGUACCUCGCUCACAACAUCCCCGCAACACCCAUCAACCCGACCGCGGCCACCAUCUCGGCUCUCAACAAGGAGCACCCCGCCGUGCCCCGCGUCUCGGCCCUGCCACACCCCAAGGAUACGUCCAUCUCCGUCAUCACCCCACCGGCCGCGACGCUGCAGGUUCUCAAAGAGGCGCGCGAGCUCGGCGUCCCGGCCGUGUGGCUCCAGCCGGGGUCUUUCGACGACGCCGUCCUGGCUUUUGCGCGUGAGGAGGGCGCGUUCCGAGCCGUUGUGGCCGGGGAUGGUGGGCGCGGGCAUGAAGGAUGGUGUGUGCUUGUUGACGGGGAACGGGCGAUGAAGGGUGCUGGCAAGCUGUGA